CAAUCCAGAUACACGUCUCUAAGAAGAAAAGAAAAGCAUAUUUGCUUUAUACUUUUGCCCAUCUCAGAGCAACCUGGGUUGAUUUUAGUGAAGAAGGUACUGUUUCUGUGCUCCAUAAACCAAACCAUGUGCAAACUUACAAGAACCUGGAUCAAGAAAUGGAAACUUUCAUGUAACAACCAGCUGGGAAGACUCUGGGUUGCCCUUUUGCUCCUCUUCCUCCUCUGUAUCAUAUUCCAAGUCGCAGAGAGGUUCCAAUGUACCAGCAAUUGUAGAUGCAAUUUCAAACAGAAUCAGCUUCCCCUUGAAGAAAACAGAGCCAGUGAGAAUUCCAUCCAGGUUCAAAGGAGCCCAACUUAUGCUCAACUUCUGCGAAAAAGCACCCCACAAGAGAGGGAGCCCAGUCCCAACCCUGCAGAGAAAAAGAGGCUAGCCACAAAACUGAACAUAGCCUUCAACAAAACCAAACUGCUGGCUGCCAGCUUGGGCAGCGAAGAAGAGUUCUGGCAAAAACCAUUUGUGGAGGUUGAUGAGAGGGUGAAGGCCCAGCAUACAGCAAAAUGGCUGAGGGACUGGUGGAACCACAGCACCCCAAAAGAUCCUGGAGGAGACCAAGUAGUGGUGAACUUUGCUGAUGAUCAGACAUCUGCUGCUGCAACAAAGGAUGGAAGUUCCCUGAUAAAGGUGGCAGAACCCACAACAAGGAUUUCUGCAGAGGAUCAAACAGCACAUGUCAAAGACCCAGAAAGACGCCCCUUUCCAAAGCACACAACAAUGACUCAAUCAGAGGCCUUCAGUGCUGCAGGAGACAGAAGAACAGUUGGGAUGGCAUCAGCAAAACCACCAACCAUGAAACCACCUCCACCAGAAAAAAAUAUUCUUCCCAAAGUUGGAACAGCAAAGGAGGGAGGGAGCACUUCCAGCCCCUCUCAAGGUUCAACAUGCAUGCCCAAGACCCAUGUUGUUUUCCUCAAAGUGCACAAGAGUGCCAGCAGCACCGUCAUGAACAUCUUGUUUCGCUUUGGCGAUACUCGCAACCUUUCUUUUGCCUUGCCGGGCAGUGGUGCCAGUCAAUUGUACUAUCCUCAUUAUUUCAUGGCAGCAGCUGUGCAGGGGUUUUCUCCCAAAAAAGACCCCCAGUUUCACAUUAUGUGUCAUCAUAUGAGGUUCUUUCAACCAGAGGUUGCUCGAGUCAUGCCAAACACAAGCUUUUACUUUUCUAUCCUCCGGAAUCCCAUUCAUCUCAUGGAAUCAUCCUUCGCCUACUACAAAGGGGUCUCUGCCUUUGCCAAAGCCAAGAACUUAGAGGAGUUUCUCAACGACACCUCCAAGUUUUACAAUGCCUCAACCAGUGAUAGUCAUUAUGCCAAAAACCUAAUGACGUUCGAUUUUGGCUAUAACCACAAUGGGAACUUCUCGGCAAAGAAUGUCCAGCUCAUGCUCAGAGCCAUUGAGGCACAAUUUGACCUUCUCCUCAUCUCAGAGUACUUUGACGAAUCCAUGGUGCUGCUGAAGGAGGCCUUGUGCUGGGACCUGGAUGAUGUGGUCUCCUUCCCUCUCAACAGCAGAGACAACAGCACAAAGUCCCACCUUUCCAAAGAUACCAUAGAGAAGAUAAAAAGCUGGAACAAGCUGGACUGGGAACUCUAUGUGCAUUUCAACAGGACCUUUUGGGAGAAGAUAGACGGUCACAUGGGCAGGGAGCGCAUGCAGCAGGAAGUGAGGGCACUGAAGCAGAAGCGGGAACAGCUGGCCAAGAUUUGCCUUCAAGAAGGUGGCAGUGUCAUCCCUAAGAAGAUUGCAGACCCAGCACUGGCCCCGCUGCAGUAUGGCAGAGCAAAAAUCCUAGGCUAUAACCUAAAGCCUGGGCUGGAUAGGGCAACAAGGCAGAUGUGCCGACAUCUAGUGACACCUGAGCUUCAGUAUAGUAGCCUUCUGUAUAGGAAACAGUUUCCCCAGAAAACUUUGACACCCAGAAACCCAGCUCACUUGCCAAAGCUAUACAACCGCAGAACAGUUUGAGAACAAAUCUGUGAGACAUGUAAGAACUAGGUUCUGAUCCUCGUCCACAUCAGGACUAAAACAUGGUCUGAAGGAUAAAAGGCCAGCUGCAAAAUAUGAUAAUGUCUAGCAUAAGUCAUCUAUUACCAG